GCUCUGUUUUAUCGAUUAUGCUGUUUCUUUUUUAUUUGAGAUCUUCACUUUUUGCUUCUUUCUUACAUUUUAUCAGUGUAUAAGUUAACAAGCUUUGUGGGUUUCUCGAGUUUUGUCUUGUCUUUUCUAGCAAUGGCUAGCUACCUAUAGUUGAAUUCUCAACCGCGAAUUUCUCUAAGAUGGCGUGGGGAGUUUGGUGUUGAGUUUAAAGGGUUGUCGUGAUUUUGGCUCCAAUUGGUUUUUUUGCAUGAAAGUUGGUUUCUUGUGUUGCCAUAUAUGUGUAGCUGGUUAUAAGACAAUUGCAGUAGCUACCUAUAGUUGAAUUCUCAACCGCGAAUUUCUCUAAGAUGGCGUGGGGAGUUUGGUGUUGGGUUUAAAGGGUUGUCGUGAUUUUGGCUCCAAUUGGUUUUUUUGCAUGAAAGUUGGUUUCUUGUGUUACCAUAUAUGUGUAGCUGGUUAUAAGACAAUUGCAGGCAGAUUCGUUUCGGGAUUCGUUUCCGUGGCUGGGAAUUUUGUAUAUGCUGGAUAUGUUGUAGUGAAGUUGUCGGAGAUACGGAAGGAAGUGCAAUGCCCAAUCUGUCUAGGGAUUAUUCGGAAAACAAGAACAGUGAUGGAAUGUCUGCAUCGUUUUUGCAGGGAAUGCAUUGACAAAUCUAUGCGGCUCGGAAACAACGAGUGCCCAGCUUGCCGCACACAUUGUGCCAGUCGUAGGUCUUUGAGAGAUGACCCAAAUUAUGAUGCACUAAUUGCAGCUUUGUAUCCAGAUAUUGACAAAUAUGAAGAAGAGGAAUUGGCUUUUCAAGAAGAUGAGAAGGCACGUAAUAAGGAGAUCCAGGCUACCAUUGCCCAGACUUUUCAUCGACAGGCUGAAGCUCUGAGUAGAAAACGGUCAACAGCUAAAGCGACAGCAGCAGUAUUUGCAAGGAGAACACCAAGCCGAUUUCGAGAUGCCCACUCAAGGGGAAGAAGAAAUUAUCGAAUAGCUGAACUUCAAGGAUCUGAUGACAAUGAAGAUGCACAUGGUGAUGAAGGCAAAGAUUCAUCAUCUACUGAUGAGCACAGUGCAGAAGUCAAACCAAAAAGAUACAGGAGGUGUUCAGCUGCUUUUAAUGCAGAUGGAAGUGGUGGUGAAAAUGAUUCAGAAGUGAAUAAAGAAUCUGUGGGGGCAUCUGCUGGGCUCAUUAGCUCCUCAGAAAGGCUCGCCUGGGGCAAAAAUGGCAUGCGGAGUCACACCCGGUAUGGCAGUGCAAAUGGCAGCAAUGUAAAAAAUGCUCGAAACAGUCGCAUCUCUAAGUUAGCUGAUUAUCUACGUAACUUGGAUGAAAAUGAUAAUGAGUUGGAUAUCAACCUCAUGCUUGUUUCUUUUGAUGAACAAAGAGUACCCAGUUUGCAGCGCCCUUUCCUUUGCUGCAGGCCAACUUUGUCGAUUAAGAGCCUGUGCCAGCAUGUUGCUUUCCAAACCUCUUUGCAAGCCAAUGAAGUGGAAAUAUAUUUGGUCCAAGAGAUAAAUUCCAAGCUCGACUUUUCACUCUCCAUGAGCUCUCCAGUUUCUAGACGUGGUAUAAUCGAUCCAUGCAAAGAUAAAUUGCAAGUUUUAGAAGAACACGAAACUUUGGGAGGACUUAAAACAAACAAUUGCAUUCAUGGGCACCUGCUUCUGGCUUAUCAGAAAAAGCUGUGAAAGUCCGAAUGGUAGAGACAUCACCUAUCAACUGUCAUGGAUACCAAGUUUUCUACAUCUUGCUUUACACAGGUAUAGAUUUAGAUACACUCACAACAGGGAACUCUGUCGGGUUUAUCUUUCUCAAAGCGUGCACGUUCAUGACCAUCUGACAUUACAGAAAUCAUAGUAAUUGUAUAGGUUUAUUUAAACAUGAAUGAGCAUUUUAUAGCAGGAAAAUGGUGUAAGAUAUCCAACCUUGUUCGUUUAAGGCUUUGCCAUCGACUACAUUCGUUCGUUCUAUGUGCAAUGCUGUGAUUAUGAUUCUUUA